AUGCGUCCAACAGCAUGGUGGGCAGCAGCCAGCUGGCUGGCCCUCGGUCGUGCAAAAACUGCGUCCACGACCUCCUACUCUGCAGACGCCGUCGAAUCGAUCAUUCGAGAACUCGGCCUUUUGCCUGAUGACUUGGCUGAGACCGGWGCCAGCGUUAUUGCUUCUUUUGCCACUACUGCUCAGAAAGCCAUUGUCGACACGCUGAAGAAUCAGACGCUGAGCGAUGAGCGUAAACUCACAGAUCCGGAGGCUUACUAUUCAUAUGGAGGGAGUCCUCCAGUGUAUCCUUGUCCACAAGGGAGUGGCUCCGGUAAUUGGUCCACAGCUUACAAUAUUGCUUUGUCUCUGGUCUCGCAGAUGACUGUCGCCGAAAAGGUCAAUCUCACAAUUCCCGCCGAUGAUACUGUUGGCUGCUCUGGCUUCUCUGGCUCCGUCCCACGUCUUGGCUUCUCCGGUCUUUGUCUGAAUGACGGACCAGCCGGAGUGCGAGGCGCUGACCUUGGUAACAUCAGCGGAUUUCCUCCACAGAUUGCGAUCGGAGCUAGUUUCAAUCGCUCGAUGGCGUACUUGACAGCCAAGCAGAUGGGCAAGGAGUUUCGUGCAAAGGGAGUGAAUGUUGCGCUGGGGCCUGUAGUCGGACCGCUUGGGAGAAUUGCAAAGGGAGGCAGGAAUUGGGAGGGGUAUUCCAACGAUCCCUAUCUGGCRGGACAAUUGGUAGAUCCAGCAGUGAGAGGUUUGCAGGAAAAUGUCAUUGCCAAUGUCAAGCAUUUCAUCGGGAAUGAACAGGAAACGCUGAGGAAGCCAUUCUUCUCCGGACUCCUGCAGCCGGCGAAUAUCACAUUGUAUUCCUCGGUCUCUUCCAACAUUGAUGAUCAGACGAUGCACGAGUUGUACUUGUGGCCCUUUUACGAUGCCGUUAGGGCGGGUGUGGGAUCUGUGAUGUCAUCGUACAAUCGAGUCAACAACUCGUGGGCUUCUCAGAAUAGCAAGCUGUUGAAUGGAUUGCUAAAGACAGAGCUCGGCUUUCAAGGUUUCGUCCUCACUGAUUGGAGUGGCCAACACACUGGCGUCGCCUCUGCCAACGCAGGACAAGACAUGGUGAUGCCUCGCGGCACAUAUUGGGGAUUUGGCCAACUCGAAGCAGCUGUCAACAACGGCUCUGUUGACAUUUCCCGCAUAGACGAUAUGGCGACUCGCAUCGUCGCAAGCAUGUCCCGCUUCGCCAACAUUACCAUACCCGGUGUCGCGCUCAACAACGACACCGAUCCUCUCAGCGACCUUACUACUCAAGUUCUCCUCGAAGCCGCCAUUCAAGGCCAUGUCCUUGUGAAAAACACCAACAACACAUUACCCCUUCGCGCCCCUGAAACCAUAUCACUCUUUGGCUACGACGCCCUUGGUGGGAUUAACACCUCCGCCGAGUCGCCGAACCUCUACGAGCUUAGCCUUGCUAAUAGCCAACACUAUCCCGACGGGCGUGAGCUCAGCUAUUUUGAAGUUCUCCUCUCCCUUGCAGGCGCCGCCUCUCCAACCUUCUCCUUCCCUUCCCUUGCCCUAAACGGUACCCUCAUAUCCGGCGGCGGUUCGGGAGGCGUUACUCCGUCUUUCAUGACAUCUCCACACGAAGCCAUUAUCCGCCAAGCUCUUUCCGACGGUACCACCAUCUUCGGCGACUACAGCUCCCAGAACCCAAAAGUUUACAACCCAUCCGGCCCCUGUCUAGUCUUCAUCAACUCGCAGGCAGUGGAGUCCGCCGACCGCACCGAGCUCGCUGAUGAAUACUCCGACACUCUCAUCACGAACGUUGCGGCCCAAUGCGCCAACACAAUCGUCAUUAUCCACAACGCCGGCAUCCGACUAGUCGACGAAUGGAUCGAGCACGACAACGUCACCGCUGUAAUCUACGCUCAUCUUCCCGGCCAAGCCACCGGCGAUGCCCUAGUAUCCAUCCUCUACGGGAAAACCAGUCCUUCCGGCCGUCUACCUUAUACCGUAGCGAAGCAAGAAUCAGAUUACGGUACACUCCUUAACCCAACAUUUCCCACCAGGGAAAACCCACAAUACGCACAAUCCAACUUCUCCGAAGGUCUACUGAUCGACUAUCGCGACUUUUCAGCCCGGAAUAUCACGCCUCGCUAUCCCUUUGGUUUCGGAUUAACGUACUCGGAAUUCACAUACUCAAAUUUGACCAUUAUACAACAUACUAAUGUCAACCGCUCUCCUCUUCCACCUGAUGCGUACAAAUAUAUUGCUUCUCCGCACCCGGAAGGCGGACUGGACUCUCUCUAUGAUAUUCUCACCACAAUAUCUAUCAGUGUGCAGAAUGUUGGGAACGUUACGGCAGCGGAGGUCGCACAGCUCUAUCUUUCCAUUCCUGGAAGUGCAGCAGGGAGGGUGCUGAGGGGUUUCGAAAAAAAGGAGUUACGGGAAGGAGAGAAGCGGGAAUUCCACUUUGAUUUGAGGAGGAGGGAUCUUAGUACUUGGGAUGUGGUGAGUCAGAAUUGGAUGUUACAGGAAGGCGAGUAUGGAGUUAUGGUGGGGAGGWAUGUGCUUGAUGAGGAGGGUUGUGAAUGUACUUUUGAGGUUUUGAACAGUUCGUGUGUGAUGAUGUAA